GCUGUAUUUGAGGCAGCUGGCCUCACGAAAAGCCAAACCUUUGAGAAAUCUUAGUAAACUUUUGUAUCUGAUUCCUCACAGUGUUCAGAGUUAGAAGCCAGCGCUGAAAUGUGGUGGUUUCAGCAAGGUCUCUCUGUCUUGCCUGUGGCUUUGGUUGUUUGGUCAGCUGCAUCUUUUGUGUUUUCAUACAUUACUGCAAUCGUCCUGCACCACGUCGACCCUUUGGUGCCCUACAUCAGUGAUACAGGGACAAUACCUCCUGAAAGAUGCUUAUUUGGGAUCAUGUUAAAUAUUUCUGCUUUCUUGGGGAUGGCUACUGUGUACGUCCGUUAUAAACAAGUUUAUGCUUUGAACCCAGAAAAACCCAAGAUCAUCAAGCUUAACAAGAUCGGCCUCACACUAGGACUGAUGAGCUGUUUUGGACUUUGCAUUAUUGCAAAUUUCCAGAAAUGUAUUCUGUACUACAUACACGUGGUUGGAGCCUGCCUGACAUUCGGAGUAGGGGCCAUUUAUAUGCUGGUUCAGACCGUCCUAUCCUACCUGAUGCAGCCAGAACUCCACAGCAAAGACGUCUUUUGGGUCCGUCUGACCGUGUUACUCUGGAGUUGUUCGAGCAUUGUGAGCAUGUUUAUUUCCUCAGUUGUCCUAUACAGCGGCCGCUAUGGAACAGAUCUAGUGCAGAAAUUGCACUGGGACCCACGGGAAGAAGGCUACACAGCUCACAUCAUCAGCACUGUCUCAGAGUGGUCAUUAGCAUUCUCCUUCCUCAGCUUUUUUCUCACCUAUAUCCGUGAUUUUCAGAAAAUUUCCCUGCGUGCGGUUGUCAGCUUGCACGGACAAACCCUUUACAACACACCGCAGAGCUUUGUGCCUGAUGAGCAGACACUGCUGAUAGCGGGGAGCAUCUAAUGAAGGUGAAGAGAACAUGUUCUCAGCAUAACUCAGGAAUUUAAUAGCAAUAACAGUUGAUAUUUCUAAGCAUUUAUUUUAUAUAUAAAAAAUAUGAAGUGAUUGUAUUGUACUUGACAUAAAGGGCUUUGCAAUUAACCCACACAGCAAUGCAAAUGUUACCAGUAUUGUAAACAAGCCUGUAACAUUUCUACACAUCAACGUCAUGAAAGAAUUAAAUGAAGGUUAUUAAA